AUGAGACUCAUACGAAAAUGCUACUAUAAAAGAAUUUUUCCUGGCUCGAUACAUUCGGAAGAAGUUAGAGAUUUCUGGCGAACGGAACUAUCUUACGAAGAGAACAACAACAAAUCGGCUAUUAAUGACAUGCCCUUUGUCCUCCAAGCGGUCGCAGAUCAAAAAGUGGGAGUAAUUGAGUUUAGGGACGAGAAGCCAACUUGCGUGUCUCCCUUGACAGUGUCCAAGAAAUACGGCAGAGAUGGAUGGAUUCUGGAAGUGGAAAAAUCUGAUAAAGAGGGAGACACCAACCAGGCCAAGGAAUACCUCGGCUUCAUUAUUGACACCAACAGCAUGACAGUUCGUCUCCAAGAAGCCAAGAAACAACGCAUACUACAAAAAGUUUGGGAGACGAUAUCACACGGAUCAAAGCCAUUUCUUGCCAAACAAUUGGCCGGAAUCCUCGGAAAAAUAGUAGCUACAGAACCAGCACUGGGGCCAAUAGUAAUCAUGGUAGCAAGGGCUUCUUAUGCAGUUUUGGAAGAAGCCACAAGACGGAAAGGAUGGAAUACAACGGUAGUAAUGAGCCAGGAGGCUCAGGACAGUCUAAAGUUUUUUGCCGAUAACUGUUCAAAAUUUGACAAUUCACCCAUCCGAUCAGCCGCCACGAAAAUCUCUGUUCUAUCUAUCAUAGGACCGCCAAAUUCUUUUAUGAAGUCUAGUUUUGUCGCAAAUCACGUGCGCACGAACGAAGAGAAGAUUUGGGCAAGUGACGCGUCAGGAUACGCGACAUGUGCCUAUUCCAUCAAAGGGGAUCACCUCUAUUUUCGUGGAACGUUAAGUAAAGACGAGAGAAUGCUAUCAUCCGGACACCGAGAACUAUUGGCCGUCGCUAAAACGUUGACAUAUUACGAACACACAGGCAAGAUUAAAAACAAAGCUACGAAUAUAUAUUGGCUCACCGAUAGUCAAAAUAUGGUGACUUUUCUAACAAAGGGAUCAGGGAAAAGUCACAUCCAGAAGGAGGUUUUCAAAAUCAUGAUUCAAUGCAAAAGGCUCAACAUCAGAAUAAUUCCAAUUCAUUUGCUACGAGACGAUCCCCGAAUCAAGAUAGCAGACGACGGCUCAAAAACGGUGGACACGGACGACUGGCAGAUCGACGACGAAACUUUUAAAAAAAACAAGGAUAAAUACAACUUCACAAUCGAUUUGUUCGCUUCCGAUCGUAAUUCAAAAUGCAAAAAAUUUUAUUCCAACUUCUAUUGCACUAAUACAUCAGGUAUCGACGCUUUUUCGCAUUCUUGGGACGAGGAAGUAGCUUGGAUCUGCCCACCCAUCCAAGAAAUCACCAGGAUUGUUAGGAAAUUGAAGAUCUCGGGAAUGACCGGGGUAUUAUUCGUACCCAAAUGGAAAACGGCAGAUUAUUGGGCAGAAAUUUUUGACGACAGAAACAGCCUUUUGUGGCCGUUUAGUUCUGCAGAAACAUGUAGGCCUUUCAUCGUUCAAGAAACUCAUAACCCACGCUCUCCAUUCUCUGGACGAACAAAAUUUGAUUUUAUUCAACUACAUUUUAAUUCACGUUUACAACGUUGA